AUGGGAAAGAAGACUCAGACACUCGAAGGCCAUGUGUCUGGCCAGGCCAACACCCCACUUCCUCGGCCCGCCCAUGCCCUUCCGUACUCCAAAGUCGUUGAGGAAAUAGGGUGCAAUCCUGAGAAUGGACUUACAACAUCCGAAGCUACGAAACGGUAUGAACAGUACGGAAGUAAUGAUCUAGGUGAAGAUGGUGGGGUACAGCCAGCGAAGAUUUUGCUCCGGCAGGUAGCAAACGCAAUGACUUUGGUGCUUAUCUUAGCAAUGGGUGUCAGUUUCGGCAUUCGAUCAUGGAUUGAAGGUGGUGUAGUAACCGCCAUCAUCCUGCUGAACAUCAUUGUUGGUUUUGUCCAAGAGUAUAAUGCUGAGAAGACCAUGGACUCGCUGCGAUCACUCAGUUCACCGACAGCGACAGCGGUGCGAGACGGCAAGACCAUCACUGUGCCGACUGUUGAGGUCGUCCCCGGAGACAUGGUAGAGAUGAAGACAGGUGACACUGUCCCAGCUGACGUUCGUCUGAUUGAAGCCGUCAACUUCGAGACAGAUGAAGCACUCCUUACGGGUGAAAGCUUGCCCGUGUUGAAAGAUGCCGAAGCUACAUUCGAUGAUGACACUGGACCUGGUGACCGACUGAACGUCGCGUUCAGCUCUUCGACUGUCACCAAAGGCCGCGCACGAGGAAUCGUUUUCGCUACCGGUAUGUACACCGAGAUCGGAAGCAUCGCCAUGUCGCUACGGGACAAGGGUUCGCGCCGUCGACCUGUCAAACGCAAGGAAGAUGGCUCAGCUGGACCACACCGACACGUACAAGCUUGGGGCCUGACUAUCACCGAUGCCGUGGGACACUUCCUGGGCGUGAACGUCGGGACUCCUCUGCAGAAGAAACUGUCCCGUCUCGCGCUCCUUCUAUUUGGUAUUGCUGUAGUGUGCGCGAUCAUUGUGCUGGCAGCCAACGAAUUCGUCAAUGACCAGGAAGUUAUCAUCUACGCUGUUGCCACUGGUCUUAGUAUGAUUCCGGCGUCUCUCAUCGUUGUCUUGACCAUUACCAUGGCUGCGGGAACAAAGCGAAUGGUUGACCGCCAUGUCAUUGUCCGCAACUUGAAGUCUUUGGAGGCUUUGGGCGGAGUAACAGAUAUCUGUUCCGAUAAGACCGGUACACUUACCCAAGGCAAAAUGGUUGCAAAGAAAGCCUGGCUCCCUGCCAAGGGCACCUACUCGGUGGGAACAACCGAUUCUCCCCACGAUCCGACCGUCGGUCCGCUAAGCUUCACGCCCAAUCCACCUAGCCAGGUAGAUAUGGAAAAAGAGGAAGCCGAAUCGUCGUACGGGCAGCUCCUCGAAAAUAACACCCACUUGCUAGAAUAUCUCAAGGUCGCUUCGCUUGCCAACCUAGCGCACGUUCACCCGAAUGAGGAAGAAGGUGGUUGGAACGCUCGAGGUGACCCCACUGAAAUUGCUAUUCAGGUUUUUGCCUCCCGGUUCAAGUGGAACAGGCUAGACUACACCACAGGUGAGAGUCCGAAAUGGAAGCAGCUGGCCGAGUUUCCAUUCGAUUCAGAUGUCAAGAAGAUGUCAGUCAUCUUCGAGGAGGCGGAAACAACGCAGAAACACAUCUUCACCAAGGGUGCUGUAGAGAGAGUGAUCUACUCCUGCACCUCUCUCUUUGAAAACGACGACGGUCCAUCGGAUAUGACCGAUGAUAUCCGCGAGAAUAUCCUCAAGAACAUGGAAGCUUUGGCGUCGCAAGGCCUUCGCGUGCUGGCUCUGGCCAGCCGAACCUGGGACGGAACGGUAACAAAGGGCGAGGAGAUCGACCGUAGCCAAAUCGAGGAAGGCCUCACUUUCAGAGGCCUCGUAGGCUUGUACGACCCGCCGAGGCCCGAGACCGCUGCAUCAGUGCGCCAAUGCCAGAAAGCCGGUAUCCAAGUUCACAUGCUCACUGGUGACCAUCCUGGCACUGCUCGCGCAAUUGCUGAAGAAGUCGGCAUCCUACCUUCUCAAAUCGCCACCAUAGCCAAGGACGUCGUUGAUGUGAUGGUGAUGACUGCCUCUCAAUUCGACAAGCUGUCUGACGAUGAAAUCGACGCGCUCCCGCUUCUACCCUUGGUCAUUGCUCGAUGCGCACCAAACACCAAGGUUCGCAUGAUUGAGGCUUUACAUCGACGGAAAGCAUUUGCCGCGAUGACCGGUGACGGUGUUAACGACUCCCCAUCACUGAAGCGUGCCGACGUAGGCAUCGGCAUGGGUACUGGAUCAGACGUCGCUAAAGACGCGUCUGAUAUCGUUCUGACUGACGACAACUUCGCUUCUAUCUUAAACGCUAUCGAAGAGGGACGUCGUAUGUUCGACAACAUCCAAAAAUUCAUCCUCCAUCUCCUCGCACAGAACAUUGCUCAAGCAUGCAUUCUACUUAUCGGUUUAGUCUUUAAGGACGACACCGGUCUCUCGGUCUUCCCGCUCUCCCCUGUCGAGGUUAUGUGGAUCAUCAUGGUCACUUCUUCUGUUCCGGAUAUGGGUCUGGGUUUCGAGGUCGCGGCACCUGACAUCCUUACACGCCCACCCCAGAGUCUCAAGCGUGGCGUCUUCACCAUCGAGGUGUUGCUCGAUAUGUUGGUCUAUGGUCUAUGGAUCGCUGCGCUCUGCCUCGCCUCAUUUACCCUGGUCCUUAUGGGCUGGGGCGACGGCAACCUCGGUUCAAACUGCAAUGACAGCUACAGCGGAGACUGCGAUACCGUUUUCCGUGCGCGCGCCACCUGUUUUGCUUGCCUUACUUGGUUCUCGCUCUUCCUUGCCUGGCAGAUGAUCGACAUGAGACGGUCAUUCUUCCGCAUGCAGCCCAGCUCCCAGAGAUACCUGACGCAAUGGCUCCACGAUGUGUGGCGCAACAAAUUUCUAUUUUGGUCAAUCAUGGCUGGCUUCAUCACCAUCUUCCCCGUGGUCUACAUUCCCGGUCUCAACACCGUCGUGUUCAAGCACAGGGGUAUUAGUUGGGAGUGGGGCAUUGUAUUCAUUGCUACGAUCCUGUUUUUCUUGGGUAUCGAGGCCUGGAAGUUUGCGAAGAGACAGUACUUCAAGAGGCAGGAGCACAAGAAAGGCAUGCGCAGGGGAAGCGUCGAUGUGGAAAAGAGGACUUUCGAGAGAUACCUCAGCACGGCGAUCAGCACGGAUGACGAGAAGUUGUGA